CUUCCAUCUAGGGGUCAUACUGUCCAGUGAAGAGGCUGUGCCGCUAGACUUAAACAGUCUGAAGCUAUUGCUGUGAUUGAUCUUCCAUUUUCUGGCCUGAAAGACAUUCAGGGAAAGAGGAAGAGAUGGCAGAUUCUUGGGGCUCAGUGACCUAUGAAGAUGUAGCCGUGAUGUUCACUCAAGAGGAGUGGGCACUAUUGAAUCCUUCAGAGAAGAAACUCUACAGAGAUGUGAUGUGUGAAAACUUGAGGAACUUUCUUUCCAUAGAAAAAAUACAAGAACUUUCCACCAAAGAGCAGCAUUACUUGCACAGGAGUCAACAAAGUAAUACAGCAGUGAAAGUCUCUGAGGGCAAAAAAAGUCAGAAUGGUAGAAAAUCUCAAGAAUGUGAAGUAUACAACAAAUUACUCACUGAUUCUAUUCAUCUUCAAAAAUAUGAAAGAAUUCACAGUGGAAAGAAGCCCUAUGGAUGUAAACAGUGUAAUAAAACAUUCAGUUGUCCCAGUUAUCUUCAGGUACAUGAAAGAACUCACAGUGGAGAGAAACCCUAUGAAUGUAAACAAUGUAGUAAAACAUUCAGUUCUUCCAGUAAACUUAAGAAACAUGAAAAUACUCACAGUGGAGAGAAACCCUAUGAAUGUAAAAAAUGUAGUAAAACAUUCAGUUGUUCCAGUAGACUUAAGAAACAUGAAAGAACUCACAGUGGAGAGAAACCCUAUGAAUGUAAACAGUGUAGUAAAACAUUCAGUUGGUCCUGUAGUCUUAAGCUACAUGAAAGAACUCACAGUGGAGAGAAACCCUAUGAAUGUAAACAAUGUAUUAAAACAUUCAGUUGGUCUUGGAAUCAUAAGCUACAUGAAAGAACUCACAGUGGAGAGAAACCCUAUGAAUGUAAACAAUGUAGUAAAACAUUCAGUUGGUCCUGGAGUCUUAAGCUACAUGAAAGAACUCACAGUGGAGAGAAACCCUAUGAAUGUAAACAAUGUAGUAAAACAUUCAGUUGUUCCAGGACUCUUCGCUCACAUGAAAGAACUCACAGUGGUGAGAAACCCUAUGAAUAUAAACAAUGUAAAACAUUCAGUUUUUCCAGUAGUCUUAAACUACAUGAAAGAACUCACAGUGGAGAGAAACCCUAUGAAUGUAAGCAAUGUAGUAAAACAUUCAUGUUUUCCAGUAAACUUAAGAAACAUGAAAGAACUCACAGUGGAGAGAAACCCUAUGAAUGUAAACAAUGUAGUAAAACAUUCAGUUGUUCCAGUAGCCUUAAGCUACAUGAAAGAAAUCACAGUGGAGAGAAACCCUAUGAAUGUAAACAAUGUUGUAAAACAUUCAGUGUUUCCAGUAGUCUUAAACUACAUGAAAGAACUCACAGUGGAGAGAAACCCUAUGAAUGUAAACAAUGUAGUAAAGCAUUCAGUUGUUCCAGUAGUCUUAAGAAACAUGAAAGAACUCACAGUGGAGAGAAACCCUAUGAAUGUAAACAAUGUUGUAAAACAUUCAGUGUUUCCUGUAGUCUUCAAACACAUGAAAGAACCCAUAGUGGAGAGAAACCCUAUGAAUGUAAACAUUGUAGUAAAGCAUUCAGUUGUUCCAGUAGUCUUAAGAAACAUGAAAGAACUCACAGUGGAGAAAACCCUAUGAAUGUGAACAAUGUAGUAAAACAGUUGUUCCAAUAGUCUUAAGAAACAUGAAAGAACCCACAGUGGAGACAAAAUGAAUGUAAACGAUGUAGUAAAACAUCCAGUUGUUCAAGUAGUCUUAAGAAACAUGAAAACUCACAGGGGAGUGAAACCCUAUGAAUGUAAACAAUGUAGUAAAACAUUCAGUUGUUACAGUCAUCUUCAGGCACAUGAAAGAAUUCACAGUGGAGAUAAACCCUAUAAAUGUAAAAAGUAUAGUAAAACAUUCAUUUGUUCCAGUAGUCUUCACUCACAUGAAAAUAUUCACAGUGUAGAGAAACCCUAUGAAUGUAAACAAUGUAAUAAAACAUUUGAGUUGUUCCGGUAGUCUUCGGACACAUGAAAGAAUUCACAGUGGAGAGAAACCCUAUGAAUAUAACCUAUGCAGUAAGAC